AUGUAUUCUGAGCAAGCUCCCCCUACAGCAAGAGUGGUGGUGGUGUCUCCUCAACCUCCUUUCUUCUCUGGAGAGAGAGUCACUCUAUGGUGUAACAUAGUAGAGUACACAGACUGGGGUCAGUAUUUCUGGUACAGAGACAACCGCCUACUCCCCAGUCAGACCAGUGAGACCAUCACCAUCACACUCCCACAAGAGGCGGGUCAGUACCAGUGUUCUGGACAGAGGAAGGAUCGUCCUCAUGUAUCAUCACGAAAAAGAGGAAAGAGAAGAUCAGUGUUCACACGCAAAGUAACCCUGAGAUGUGACAUGGGUCAGUCUGCUGGAUGGACAUUCUACUGGUACAGAAACACACAGACCUCUGAUCCUGUGGCCCAGACUGAUGGAGACUCCUACAGCAUCAGCUCUGUUAAAGUCUCUGAUGGAGGACAGUACUGGUGCAGAGCUGGGAGAGGAGACCCAGUCUACUACACACAGUACAGCAAUGAGGUGUGGGUGAAAAUCACAGAAAGUCCCAAAGCUGUUGCAACACUCCUGCCCAACUGGCCAGACUUCUUCCGUGGAGAGACGAUCACCUUCAGAUGUGACAUACAGGGAGAUCAACAUGGACACUGGCAAUACAGCUGGUAUAAAAUAGGGAAUGUGGCACCAAAUCCAUUACAUACCAGGAAAAAGUUCACAAUAUCUUAUGCUGAAGAGUCCGACAGUGGUGAGUACAGCUGCAGAGGAACACGCAGUAGAGACCCACAGACAUCAGAGACCAGCGCAUCUGUUAGAAUUACAGUGUCAGGUCGUUCUCCUCCAUCCUCCCUGGUUGUCCAUCCCGAUACAAAUCAACAUUUUGAUCUUAAGUCUCUCUCCUUGAGCUGUGAGGGGAUUGUAACCUUAACUGGAUGGAGAUUGAGAUGGUUCCCAGGAUGGUCAAAGCAUAAAAUGUGUCCCAAUGGUUGGGCAGAAGCAAGAUCCACUUGUAGAGGAGAUAAAGCAUUUUCAUCAGAGAGUGGAGUUUACUGGUGUCAGUCUGAGACUGGAGAGCGGAGUAAUCCUGUCAACAUUUCAGUGCAUGAUGGUAGUAUGAUCCUGGAGAGUCCAGCCCAUCCUGUGACUGAGGGAGAUCCCCUGACUCUGCGCUGUAGAUAUCGCUACCAGCCAUCAAACAUCAGUGCUGACUUCUAUAAAGAUGGGACACUCCUGCAGACCUCCACCACAGGAGAGAUGACCAUCCCUGCAGUCUCCAAGUCACAUGAAGGCCUCUAUAAGUGCAGGAACCCAGAGAGUGGAGAGUCACCAAAGAGCUGGAUCACAGUGAAGGUGUCUGGAAAUGCAUCAUACAAAUUGAGUGUAUUCUUUUAUAUUGUUUUCUACUUUGUACUGUGUCAACUUUACUUGUGA